AUGUCAGGAAAAUUCAUCGUCGAUCUGACAACACUUAAUAAAUAUCUCGGCAAGCUAUACUUCCUUAAUAAAGAACUUCGAGUCGAAAAAAUUGAUUGGACGGACGUUCAAUACGAGCUGACUCGAACUCGAAAUUCAAUUAAUAACAUCAAAGAUGAGGACAUACUGAUCGAGUCGAAAGAAAUUUCAAGAAAGACUGGAAACCCAUUAGCUCUCUGUGACACAAUGCCUAUCCACAACACUAGAGCUACAACGGUUACAACUCCCGAUGAUCAGGGUCAUCAGAUAAAAGAAUUUAUUGCAGAACUCAACACAGAGCUGAAGAAGAAACUCAACGAUGAGUUUAAUGUCAGAUUUGACUCUAAGAACAUAGACAUCCUUAGAGCUAUCGAUGCUCUUAAUGCAGGUUCAGAUACCUAUUUGGUCUUAAGUGAACUAGAUGUGCUACUGAAUACCUUCAGCUGUCUCAACAUUGACAGAUCUAUCCUCGAACUAAAAAUCGAAAGAGCUGAAGUUGAUUACUGUCUUGGUCUACCAAUAAAUCCAAAGAGUAUUCCAAACUUGACCACUUUAAUUGCAGUUAAGAACACCAUCUCGACAUCAACCGCUUCAGUGGAAAGAGCAUUUUCCAGUAUGAAUCGUAUCUGCACGAAGCUGCGAUCCACCCUUCGUCCAGAAAGAUUAAGUGAUCUUUUAUGCAUUUCGUUAAACAGAGAUGUUGUUGAUUUUCUGGAUUUGGACAAAGUCGUAACAGCAUGGGGAAACAUGCGCAAUAGGUGGGCUAAGGUCUAA